AAGGAGACAUUGUAUUCUUGCAUUCGAGUUCCACGUUCUGAUAGUCGAACGUCGAAGAGAUUUCAUGUAGUGCUAGCUGACGUGAGAGUUGCCGAAGUCCGCAAGUUUCUCGAUGGAUCUAGAGGAACGGCAAGAUGCAGUAAACGUAGCGUGCUUUGCUAGUUCAUAAAUUCAGAUUCUGAACUUUCACAAGCAUUUCUCUUUAGCAACUCACAGUCAACAAAAUUCACCAUGCGUACCGCUGCCUUCCUCCUCGUCUGCCUCGCGCCUGCGACAUCUUCCUUUACCUUUGGGUUCAAUACGAAUGCACGCAGUAAUCCUUCUUCGAUGCUGGAUUCAGCGAAAGAUUCGGUAGAGAAUGCGGCCGAAACAGUCUCCGACAAGACCAAGGCCGGCUACGAGAAUACAAAGGACGCUGCAUGCGAUGCUGCUUCCUCUGUACAGGAUAAAGCCCAGUCGGGCUACGAUAAGGCGAAAGACGUCGCCAGCGAUGCGUCUUCCUCCGUCAAGCAAACCGCGCAAUCUGGCUACGACAAGGCGACUGGUGCUGCCUCGUCUGCCCAAGAUAAAGCCGAGUCUGGUUACGAAGAUGCCAAAGAUGCAGCUAGUGACGGUGCUUCGAACGUUGAAGAUAAGAGCAAGUCCACCUAUGAGAAGACCAAGGAUGCUGUUGGAAAUGCUGCUUCUUCAGUCAAGAAUGCCGUCACGGGCGCGGCUUCUUCCGCCAAAGAGACCGUGACGGGAGCUGCGUCGGAUGCUGAGGAUAGUGCAAAAGAAGGUGCCAACAAGGCAGAGAAUAAAGCCUCGGAAGCUGGAAACAAAAUCGGCAACAAGGUUGAUGAGGCAACUUCUUAGAAACUUAAAUGAGACCGAUUAAGAUACCAAGCAAAAUCCUUAAAUCGUAGAUGCAGAUAAGCUUGCAAGCAAACAAUAAUAAUUCGAAUUUCUAUUCUUCCGAAAGCUGCUCUGCAAUUCGAGCAAGGCGACAGGAGAGGCCGGCGCACGUUCAGUGAAGUCGUAUAUUGUGACCCAUGACUACAUCCAAAACAAGAUUCGGCUACGCAUCAUAUUGCCAGUGCAGUAAAUGUGGACGGAAAGUGGUAUAUGCAAUUUCCAACACACUUGCACGCUGAUAUGGAGUUUCCAGUGCUCAUCAAACGCCAUUGUAUGGGUCGGUCGGUCGGUUCAGGGUGCUUGACAGAGCAUUUUGUGAAACCUAUUCCAAUCUUGCUUUUGACAAUGCUUCGAACAGUAGUGAGCACGUUUGCAUCGGGAGCAACGCAAGUGUUCCAUCCCUGUAAUGCCACACCACCGGCAGCCGCGUUGGCCCUUAACAUUAGGCCAUACAAUGGCUUCCGGUCCAGGAUAGGUCUUCCGUUCCUGCAAAUCCCUACGAGAGAGUAGCGGAAUAUACAGAACCACCUCUCCAUCCUUCAGUCGACAUGCUUUUCCGGAAGAAACGGGUCCGUGAGUUCUCGAAUGGAAAAGCCAGCGAAGUUGUAGAAAAAGUCCAUAUCGGUCACGUUGCGAUGGUUAUCCUGUUUGACUUCGACAACAACAUCUUUCAAGUGGGAGGCUUUUAUCAUCACAUGCCCGGUACCUACGUUGCUAUUCAUGCAUUCUAGUAAGAAAUUCUCUUCGAUGUAGCAUCGCACCCAAAACCACAGGAUUGGCAAGUAAUUGUUUCCACGGUGCGAUUCAUGUACCGCCAUCUUUUCGAUGGUGGGUCCAAUCGAGGGAUCAGAGGAGAUAUCCCGGUAGGACAAAUGACAACGAGCUACAUCCUGGUUUUGGUUUUGGUAUCGUAAUGUGAACCGCGUAGCGAGUGAUUCCCAAUCUUCACUCAUACUUUCUGGAGAGAAACCUGUUGUGCUAGCAAGCUGAAAGUGUGCUGACAGCUCAAACAGAACCGACACGUGAUCGAUCACUGCGCAAUAGCCAAACGUCGCGUUUGCUGUCAUACAACGAAUAAUUUUCAGGCCUUCAAAUGAUUCUGACGUUAAAACUGCGUAAUUUCCCACGUUCGGAUCUAUUCCCUUAGAAUCUUGUCCGUAAGUUAUAGAACCUUUUAAAAUAGGCGCUCCACCCGAAGUGACGUGGAGACGCUUGUAUGCUUCUGUUAUUGCAUCGGAAACUGAGACUUCCAGCUUGGCACCAUGAAGCUUGUCAUUCUGAUGCAAGGCUUGCAUGUACGAUUGAAAAUCGGAAAUCGGAUUGUUGGAAUGAUUCUGCGUGGAAAGUGAGAACCGUUGACAUGAAGUGUAUGAGAAGGAGUGACAGAAACAUCAAAAAACAUGCAGCCAUCACUUUUCGACGACAGCGACUUACACACACCAAAAAAAUGGUGCAAUAUCCUUCUUUUUCCCUCGCUGUCGGAUGUGCGGUUGAGCUUUGAACAUCAUCCCAAUUGUAGGCCCAGCCAUCGACAACCAUCGGUAAUCGAUCCACCGCAUGCAUUCUUGGCAGCCAUUAAUUUGUAGAAUAGAACUAAAAUGUCCUAGCUUGCACAUC